AUGUUUAGAAUUUAUUCGUGCAUUAGACAAUUACUGAUUAGUUGUUUAAAUAUCUUCAAGUACACAAGAGUAGAAAAUGCAGAAAAGGGUUAUUAGAUGGAAAGCGUGAACAGAGACAUCGAAAGCAAUAUGAAUGCUGAAUUAAGAGCUCAUGAAGACUCUUUCAUUUAGAAUCAUGAAAAUAAAAUAGAAGACUUUGAAAAUAAAGCAAACUUUUAGGAUUGUGAGUAGAUAAUCGAUGAGGAGUCGAUUCGAUAAUUUAUAGAUGAUAUUCCUCAUAUCUCAUUUUAAUAAACUGAAUAAAUGAAGGAGAUAGGAGAAAGGGCAGUUGCGGCUUUAAAUAGUGUGAUUGAUAAGAUGGAAGGUUUUGAAUUGUUGGAAGAGGAGCAGGACUUUAAUUUUUGGAUUAAAUAUGUUGAGACUCCUGAAAAAUAUUAGAUUGGCAUUAUGAAAUACACAUAUACUUUAAACACAACUAUCGACUCCUACUUAGAAUUCAUGAAGGAUCUGCAAUUACAGAAGUCGAUGGAUAAUAGUAUUGAUGCAUUUGAGAAACAUUUGGAGGACAUGAAUUUAUAGAUCAAUUAUUUAAGAUACAAAAAAAUUAUGUUCAUGGAUCCUCGUGACUUUUUAUACAUUAAAUACUCAGAUAGAAAGGGAGAUGACUGUAUUGAAAUUUCGAAAUCGAUUUAAGUGGAUAAUUUCCAGCCUUAAGAACUAUCUGCCAAGCAAUGUACUAGGGCAGUGUUAUUGUUAAGUGGAAAUCUAAUAAAAUAAAUUGAGGAGAAUAAAAUUAUGAUUACAACGUAUUCUGAAUGCAACAUGAAAUUAAAAUUAAAACCCGUGAUGACUAAGCAAGCAAGCAAAAAUGAAAUAAAGAAAAUGGUUAAAAGAUAUCGUGAUCAUUUUAAUUUAUGA